UUACUCUGUUUAGCUACUAUGAGCAGAGCCAGUUUGUGGAUUAUUAGGUUAUCCAAUGUUGCGUAGCCGGAUUGCGAGUUGCAGAGAUGGGAAAACUUUACUCGAAACCUGCUGCAGUCUCCAAAGCCCGGGAAAGUCCAGAAGGAGACAGUUUGGUUGUAAGCGCCUGUUUGGCUCGGAAAGGGAUUGAAGACUGGCUGUCCAGGCAAAAAGAUGGCUGUUCUACUGCAACACAACACAAGGAAAUUGGAUCACUGCCCAGCAAGGGUCCACCCGGAGAGAACCAGGCGGCAGUGGUCGGCGAGGAGCUCUACCGCUUAGAAGUGGCUUUGCCACCCGAGAAACCGGAGAGUGGCCUCAAGGAAGAGAAGAAACAUGAAAAAGAAGCUCCACUCGUUUACAGAAAGCAGCUGCGAUUUGAGGGUCUUGAAUGUGACAUGUCCCUGGAAGAGAACAAUCGGCCAGAAUGGACCUUCACGCUCUACGACUUUGACAACAAUGGAAAAGUCACUCGGGAGGACAUCACCAGUUUGCUGCACACUAUCUAUGAGGUUGUUGGUGCUUCUGUGAACCACUCUCCACACACCAGUAAGACGCUCCAGGUCAAGCUAACAGUGUCUCCAGAUGCCACCCAGAAGAGGAAAAGCACUUCGCAAAAUUUGACUGAUGCCCCCAUUUCGAGGCGUAAAAUGGACUGCAAAACAGAGUCUAGGAGUUCAGGCAAGAAGCUCCGUGCUCCUCUGCGAUGCCGUCUCGGCGACUACCACGCACAGGAGGGCUGCUGCCAGCACGCCAUUGACGAGAAUCUGGAGAGAAGGAAUCACUACCUGGACCUGGCUGGCAUUGAAAACUACAUGUCACAGGCUGGACUGGGUGCCAAGUUGGAGAACUUGAAACCAGACAGUCUGCUGCAGGCUGUCAGCCAGGCCAAGUCCCGGACACACGAGUCUGAAAACAUGCACAGGAGACCCCAGAAGGCUGAAGCUGUGCUAGACACCUCAUUUAUGCAGGUUCAGGACAACAGCAGGCACCCAACGAGGUCCCCCAAGGGUCAAGGAAAGAGUGCGGGGCGGGCCGUAAGGAACAAGGUCUCCUCUUUGGGGACAGGUGCUCCCCAGUUGGGUUUUCCCAACCACAUUCUUUCUUCUGCCCACGUGCAAGCCUCUCCAGACCCUUACAGAAGACACAGACAGAGGGGCAAAGACACUAAAAACAACGCCUACCCGGUGUCGGCUUUGGAGAAGGAUCAAGGGCGCUAUUUGCCCCCUGUGUUGCCCCACAUGUUGCACCCCAUACUGCUGUGUGAUGGCAGUGUUGGCCAGAUGAUCCAGAGGCAUGAGCACUACCACCAUCAUGAGCAUCACCACCAUUAUCACCACUUCCAGCAGGCCUGAUAUUUGCAUGGCUUGGACAAGGACAAUUUGCAUGGCUCCAAUACUCAACUUGAAGAACUCUGGGAGGUCCGAACUGGUAGACCUGAGGUGGAUAAAUUGGGGUCACCCAAGCCAAAAGCUUGAUCUACAACAUGUAACACCAAUGACAUGGGCCAGUUAGGGAGGGGUAUGUAGGAUAUACUUCUACUGAGAUGAUUGCUUUUAAUGUAGACAUGGCAGCUGGACAUGCCCAGACCUUCUGGUGGUUUUCCUUUUUAUGGAGUUAUGCUACAGAUAACAAGAAGACUUUAAGCAUGGAGGCCUUUAACGGACCAUAGUGAUUGGCUGUAAAGUGAGUCAGCUGUAUAUCUGCCAUCCCCAGCUGUUCCAGAUGUCUUGGUGAGUGGGCACAGGUCUUGAUGAGCCCCAGCCUGCCUUGGAUGCCUGUGUCUCACAGACUGGACAGUAUCAAUGUUUCCUCAGGUGUUUUUUUCGUCUAUCGCUGCUGGACGGUAUUCAGUCAAAUCAGGUAUUCCAUGAUGAGUCUGUCCAUCAGGAACAUCAGUUAUCUUGUGGACCCACAGCUAAAUGCACUUAGCUAUAAAGUGUAGCAGGAUGGAACCCAAAAUGAAUUGACCUGGUGCUGUUUACACAAAACGCGCUGCCCCGCUUAUUGUUCAUAUCUGAGCUCACAUUUGAACUGGACUCCUCUGUGGCCUGCUGACUGCUCUGGCCAGAGUCAUCCACAGACAUUGGUCGCUUUCUACUCUGGACUUGGUCUUUUUCUUCUCCUGAACAUUGAUUUUUUGUGCUACUGGUUCUCCUGUUGGGUCUUGAUUCUACCAGUGGCCAUUAAUUUGAAUUCUCUGAUCAGUGCUCUUUUGCUGACCACUAAUUACUUUGCUGUGGGUUCUUUGUUGAACUGUCUGUCUCUGGUUUAUGUGCUACUUUGGGCCUGGUUCUUUAACUGAUGACAGACAUAUUGCAAUGUAGCUGAGGCAAGAGUGCUAGGUUUCAUGGGGGCAUUCGCCCACUUAAGUGUAGCAGGAACUCAAUCUAUGUUUGGCCAGCCACAACUGAAUACAAACAUCAGAAAAUUCCAGAUUGUGUGGGUUUAGCCAGGCCUGCAGGUUAGUAACUGUGGCUCGAAUUCUCCAUUGCACUGGCCUGCUCACCUUCACUGACCUCUCAUUUGUGGUCAGACUUCACUGUCCUGUGUUCUGGUCUGGACUCUUCCUCUGACCACUCAUUUGCCACAGAUUGUUCUGGUAUUGGUUUGUCUACUGUGAUCCUGAUAGAUGGCUAUGCUUUGGUUUUUAUUGCUGGCUUCCUAUUACACUGACCUGGAAUGUGGCACUGAUCACUCAUCCUGGCCUGACAGCCAUGUUAGUUCUGCUGCUAACUAAGCCUCUUUACUGACCACUCGUUAUUUAAGCUUGUCCUUGGCUGAUUACCUUCUUCUCUCUGCCCUUUGACUUGGGCUGUUCUGUUGACCACUAAUUAAUUACUCUCUUGACCACUGAUUUGCUUGUUCUAUUACUGCUGUGCUAUUACUUAUCCUGUUGACCACUCUCUGUUCUAUCAUGGACUUUUCUACUGAUCAGUCACUACCAAGCCAUUCUCGCCUACUGACCACCCAUUGUUGCAGUACUGCUUUUCUUGCUAAGUUGUCUUCUGCACCCUGACCUGGACUUGUCUGCUGUUUACUACAUUGGUUAUCCUCAUUAACUGACCACUAAUGUCUUGAUUAAUGCUUUCCCCUUCUACUGACCACCCAUUGCUUACAUUCAUCAUCCACUAAUGUUCCUCUACUGCUCUGCCUGGAUUCUUCUCUUUGAGCACUCAUCAGUCUUAUCUGUCGACCAUUACUGUGACGAUGCUGACAGCUCUCCUUCAUGACUUGGACUUUUCUACCGAUCUGUCUUUACUGUGGUCCAUCCUCUUUAACUGACCACACAUUGGCAUAAAGUUACCCGGACUUAUCUGCUAACUGCUCAUCAAAUUCUGUUGCAGCAGCGCAGUUACCAACUUCUUUCGCCACCUGAACGACUUUUAAUUUAAAACCAACUUCAUAUUCUC